AUGACAGAUAGACCUCGAACGUUCUUUGAUGUGGAGAUUGAUUCAAAGCAGAUUGGUAGGAUAAUAUUUGAGUUGUAUACAGAUAUUACACCGAUUACAGCAGAGAACUUUAGAUGUCUUUGCACAGGUGAGAAGGGUCUGUCACAACGACUUCAACUACGUCUUCACUACAAGGGUAGUCCAUUCCAUCGUAUUAUCAAGAACUUUAUGAUACAGGGUGGUGACUUUCAGAACAAGAAUGGCACUGGCGGUGAGUCAAUCUAUGGACAUCGCUUUGAUGAUGAGAACUUUAAGAAGACGCACAGCGAGCCAUACUUGUUGUCAAUGGCUAACGCAGGUCCAAACACAAACGGCUCACAGUUCUUCAUCACUACCAAUGCUGCACCUCAUCUUGAUGGCAAACAUGUAGUAUUUGGAAGAGUGGUCGAUGGCAAGGCUAUCGUUGACAUUCUAAACUCAGUGUUAACUGGUCAGAACGAUAAACCUUUCGCUGACGUCAAGAUUUCCCAUUGUGGAGAGCUGAUUCGAAAGGUAAAAAAAGAAGAUGUAGAGAGCGACUCUAGUUCAAGCAAUAGUAGUACUGACAGCGAGGAAGAGAGGAAAAAACGCAAGGAUAGGAGAAAGAGGAAGAAAGAAGAAAGGAGAGCUAGGCGUGAAAGAAAGAAAGAGAAAAGAUCUAGAAGUGAUGAUGAUGAUGAUGAUGAUGAUGGCAAUAGUAGCGAUGAAGGCGAAUCUACUAGAAAGAGGAAGGAAAGGAAACGAGGUCGUUCAAAGGACAAGUCGGACCGAGAUCGAUCCAGGUCCAGAAGUGGAUCCAUGGAUCGGCUAAAGGAUCGUUCAAAGACUCCCUGGCAGCCACUUAGAGAUUCAGGAGUGAUUGGCGAGGGAAAGACAUUCAAGGGACGUGGAGCUAUCAAAUACAACGGUCAUUCAAAGAACAACAACAAUGAUAGGCACUUUGGUCAGAGAACAACCAUAUUUCACAUUGACAAUGGAGGAGACAACAAGAAGGACGAAGGAGAUCGUUUCUCACGAUUUGGACGUUCAAGACAGACUGAUGAUGAUGAUGAUAAUGAAGUGACCAGUCGUUCAUAA